AUGGUACACCAUGGGAUUUUGGGGUACACUAUUUUUGGACAAACCGACAAUACCAUAUACUUCACAUCCUCCAGGGUUUUCAAGCCAAACCCAAAACUUUCAGCUACAUCCCAGACCGCUUUCGCUGUAGGGUUCCAGUGGGCUCCGAGGUGUGGUCACUACAUUGGCAGUUGGUCGGCAUAUCAACUUUGUGUUUGGAGUGGCAACAGCUACCGUAGUCCACCGCCCUAUGAGGGUCUCAUUGACUGCCCCAGCAUGCACGAUAUGUUCGCUUGUGCGGGCUUUCAGCCUUGGACUACAACCUGCUACGGCCACAAUGUGCCAGAGAAUGGUGAGUGUUGUGGUUGUGCCAACUGGACAUCUGCCCUGAAAGUUCCUGUGCCGGAAGGAGGUUCAGGAUGUCUGGGUGCAAGCCCCGAAUGGAUGCAGAAAGCAUUGCCUUUCUACCAGAUUCUCAAGGCUGGUUGUCCCACAUCAUACACGUAUGCAUUUGAUGAUGAGACGAGCACCUUCACCUGUCGCACGGCGGAGAGCCAACAUGAUGGAAGCAUCCCGAAUCGUGCUGGGUACAACAUCACACUGUGCCCGCAAGCGCCCGACUUUCAGCAGAUGGGUGCUGAGAACCAGGCGUGUAGGGGCUCUGGUCCGGGAGAUAGCAAGGAGGAUUACUACACCCUGCACAACAGAGUCAGUUUGAGUGGGUGCAAACAGAUCUGUCGCGACACUCCUGGUUGCAAGGGUGUCGAGUUUGGCCCUUAUGGUCGAUGUGAGGUGCGCUUCGCAUGA